CCCUAGUGGCCAGUGAGUGGCGCUCUCUUCAUCGCUCGUGGAGCUGCUUUAUAUUAAUGAGCUCCGGUAGCAGGCACACACCCUCAGUGCAUGGAGUGGCGGGGGCCGUGCUCUGUCUGAAGCAAUUAAGGAGGGAAUGCUGGAUCAUCAACAUCAUCUCCAUGAUGGCGCAGGGCAGAUCCUGGGCUUCCUAGGAAUGCACACCGGCUGCGGAUCGUGCCCUGGAAUGUAUGGGAAGUGCCCAUAGGAGCUGUGCCGUGCAAUGUUUGUGGACUCUCCGUAGAACCUUGGCGUGUUUCCCGUGGAAUGCCCAUAGACCUUAGGAGUAUUACCCGUGGAAUGUUCGUGGACUCUCCUUAGAAUUUUGGAGUGUUACCCGUGGAAUGUGCGUAGAACCCUGGAGUGUUUACCGUGGAUUGCUCGUGGACUCUCGUAAGAACCUUGGAGUGUUACCCGUGGAAUGUGCGUGGACUCUCCGUAGACGUUGGCUUGUUUCCUGUGGAAUGUUCGUGUACUCUCCGUAGAACCUUGGCGUGUUUCUCGUGCAAUGCUCGGGGCUUCCCUCCCGUCCAGAGCCAUGGAGCAGGGACCAGCUGGGAUCUCCCUGCCGGGGCGCCCGUUGACGGAUGGCAGCCUUGCCCCGGCCAGUCUCCUGCCUCCUCCAGCCGUGACGGGCCCCGCUGGCUCUUCCAGUGCAAACUCUGCUCUGCUGCUCCGGAGAAGGCGGCGGGUGAAGAGGAACGUGUCGGCCGUUACCCAGAGCUCUGCCGCCCCCUCCCCGGGGCCUGGUACCCGCAGCCUGGACAGAAAGAGCCUGCUGAAGCCCCGGCAGUGGGUGCAGUUGCAGCCCCAGGAGCGGGAGUGGGUGCGCGUCGAGCUGCGGAGAGGCUGCAUACAUGUGUAUGAGCGGCACGCCUCCCCCGGCCUCAGGCCGCUGCUCUGCACCCUGGAUACCCCGGCCAGCGAGGUGGCAGCCCGCCUUCUUCGGCCCGGAGGGGCCUCAGCAUCGGUCCUAAGAGUGCUGGGCCCGGAGCCUGUCUCUAGCGAGGUUACCCCGGACAGGGGGUCGUGGGUGGGCACUCCCCACAAAGUGAGCCGCAAGGAGGAACAGCUGGGGUGCCCGAGCAGCGCAGUGAUCGGGCUCAGCAGGGAGUGUUGGGGUGCGGGGUCAGUGAAUGGGUUCCCCGGGGAGGAAGGAGUGCACCCCAAUUCAGACUCUGACAGCCUGAGCCCCACUGUGUGCCAGGGGCUGGAACUCUUUCAUUGCGGGGCUGCUUCCUCCUCUUCCUCAUCAUCGGUGGAGGAACUGGCGGGGAUUCCCCCCAGCUCCCAGGCGGUCACCGUACCGGCCCGGCCGCUGCGGGCUGUGAAGGAGAGUGGGGCCUUGGGGGCCCUGUAUGUGCAACUCCAUGGGGAGAGCAGCCGGAGACUGGAGCCACACGAGAAGCCCCUGCAAGUGCAGAAUGACUACCUCUUCCAGCUGGGCUUUAGGGACCUGUGCAGGGUGCAAGAGGAGGGCAUGGAGCCUGAACUAGGCUGUCUCAUCCGCUUCUAUGCAGGAAAGCCAAAUGAAACCAGUAUCUCUGACCGAACACAGCUCUCUGGAACGUACAAUGUACGGAAGGGGAAGAUGCAGUUACCUGUAAGCAGAUGGACAAGACGGCAAGUUAUUCUGUGUGGGACAUGCCUUAUCGUAUCUUCAGUGAAGGAGAGCCAGACUGGGAAAAUGCACGUCCUCCCUCUCAUUGGCGGAAAAGUAGAAGAAGUAAAAAAACACCAGCACUGUCUAGCAUUUAGUUCGUCUGGGCCUCAGAGUCAGAGCUACUACAUCUGUUUUGACACGUUCACGGAUUACUUGAGAUGGCUGCGACAGGCCUCCAAGAUUGCAUCCCAACGUAUCAGUUCUGUGGACCUGUCCUGCUGCAGUUUGGAACUUCUUCCAGAGAAUCUGUUUUAUAGUCAAGACCUGACACAUCUCAACUUGAAACAAAAUGUCCUCCGACUCUGCUCUGGCCCUACUAUGGAAGGGAAUCUUGAUGAUCUUCAGAGAUUUACCAAAUUGAAAAGCUUGAACCUCUCCAACAAUAAUUUAGGAGAAUUUCCACUGGCUGUUUGCAGUAUCCCCACUUUGAUGGAACUCAAUCUUUCAUGCAAUGCGCUUAGGGCCAUUCCUGCAGCGGUGGGAGCCAUGAAAAACUUGCAGACUUUCCUUCUGGAUGGCAACUACCUCCAAAUGCUCCCUGCCGAGCUGGCGAGCCUGCAGCAGCUAAGUUAUCUAGGACUCUCCUUCAAUGAGUUCACUGACAUUCCCAAGGUGCUGGAGAACAUGCCUGCCAUGGAGCGGGUUUGCAUGCCGGGGAACGCACUGGAUGUGUUACCACUGCAGACUUUAAGAAAAAUGCCACAGAUCAAACAUGUAGAUUUAAGAUUGAACAUAAUCAAAAGCUUGGCUGUGGAUGAGGCAGAUUUCUUACUUCAUAUAACCCAGUUGGACCUGCGAAAUAACAGUAUUUCUGAGCUUGAUGUGACUUCUCUAAGCAAUUUGGAAGUCUUGCACUGUGAGAGGAACACCUUGAACUCUCUCAAAAUUAGUGGCUACUUUUUAAAGGCUCUCUAUGCAUCCUCUAAUGAACUCACUCACUUGGACGUGUUUCCAAUUCCAUGCCAUCUGACCUACAUGGAUAUUUCCAGAAAUGAUUUGGACUCCCUCCCAGAGUGGGUGAGUGAAAGCAAAAACUUGGAAGUUCUGGAUGUGAGUCAUAACAACCUGAGUGAGCUCCCUGCCAGGUUAUUCUGUGCCAGUGGCCUGCGGAAGCUAAUUGCUGGUUACAAUUGCCUCCUUCGACUUCCGGAACGUAUUGAACGCACACAACUGGAGAUCUUGGAUGUACAGCAUAACCGUCUCACAGAGCUCCCAGCAAACCUGUUAUUCAAAUCAGACAGUUUACGAUGCCUGAACGCAUCCGCCAACAGUUUGGAAAUGCUUCCUGCAGCAUGCUUGUCUGAGGAGACCCAGAGUGUGUUACAGGAGUUGUAUUUAACGAAUAAUAACUUGACAGACAAGUGUGUGCCCUUAUUAAUAGGGCAUCCGCAUUUGAAGAUCCUGCACAUGGCUUACAAUCACCUUCAGACUUUUCCAGCAAGUAAAAUGGCUAAACUGGAGGAGCUGGAAGAGAUAGAUAUCAGUGGGAACAAGCUGAAAGCCUUACCAACCACUAUCAUAAACUGCAGACGUAUGCACACCGUCAUUGCUCAUUCAAACUGCCUGGAGGCCUUCCCUGAAGUUAUGCAGCUUGCUGAAAUCAAGUGUGUGGAUUUGAGCUGCAAUGAACUUACUGAAAUUACAUUGCCUGAAAAUCUGCCUACAACAUUGCAAGAACUGGACUUGACAGGGAAUCCCCGUCUCCUCUUGGACCACAAAACCUUGGAAUUACUAAAUAGUAACAUUCGAUGUUUCAAGGUGGAUCAACCUUCAUGUGGAUUCUCGGCCAGUGAGUCAUCGGGUUCACCAGCGAUGUGGAGCCAUGGAUAUACAGAGGCAUCCGGAAUUAAGAACAAACUCUGUGUUGCUUCACUCCUUGUUAACAACUUCUGUGAUAACCGUGAAGCUGUAUAUGGGGUGUUUGAUGGAGAGAGAAAUGCAGAGGUCCCUAGCCUCCUCCAGUGCACCAUGAGUGACAUUUUGGCUGAUGAACUGCAGAAAACAAAGAAUGAAGAGGAGUACAUGGGGAACACCUUCCUUGCUAUGCAAAGGAAGCUGGGCACAGCUGGACAGAAACUGGGAGGCUCAGCUGUUCUCUGCCACAUAAAGCACGAUCCUAUCGACCCCUCUGGCUGCUUUACCCUGACCUCUGCCAAUGUAGGCAAGUGCCAAACUGUGCUCUGCAGGGAUGGGAAAGCACUAAACCUGUCCAAACCUUACACAGUUAACUGUGAGGAGGAACUAAAGAGAGUGAAGCAGUAUAAAGCAAUCAUCACAGAGGAUGGCAAAGUGAACGGGGUGACUGACUGCACACGUAUUUUAGGAUACUCUUUCCUCCACCCCAGCGUUACUCCCAGACCUCACGUUCAGUCUGUUGCACUUACGCCACAAGAUGAGUUCUUCAUCCUUGGAAGUAAGGCUUUAUGGGAUAGUCUUUCAGAGGAGGAGGCUGUGGAAGCUGUGAGGAAUGUGCCUGAUCCCUUGGCAGCCUCUAAAAAACUGUGCAGUUUAGUGCAGAGUUACGGAUGCAGUACCAGUUUGUGUGCUGUGGUGGUACAACUCACGGUCAAUGAGGAUUGCUUCUGCUGCUGUGAACUAAACGGUGGGAUUCCUCCUCCCAGUCCUGGUAUCUUUACCCCCUCUGUUAAUGUUGUAAUCAAGGACCGUGCUCAGGACAGUCUGGGAAUGCCAUCCUCCAGCAGUGGCCUUGCUUCGGAAAUCAGCAGCGAGAUAUCUACAUCUGAGAUGAGCAGUGAAGUUGGCUCCACUGCCUCGGAUGAACCACCUGCUGUAUCCCUUCAUGAAAAUGGAGUUGGCACUGUGGGUUGUCCAAGUGAGCAGCGGUGUACACUACAUCCUGUAUGUCUUUCCAGCUCCUUUCAGCGGCAGCUGUCCAGUGCCACCUUUUCUAGUGCCUUUUCAGACAAUGGUCUGGACAGCGAAGAUGAGGAGCCCAUCGAAGGUGUGUUCUCCAAUGGGAGCCGUGUAGAAGUAGAAGUGGACAUCCAUUGUUCCCGAGUCAAGAAUGGAGGGCAGGUUACACAUGCUGCUAUUUCAGAGCCAACUGAUGAGGGAAUUGUCAUAAGCGCCAAUGAAGAUGACACUGGUGGAACAAGUAGGAGACAGGACUUCUCCUCCAACACUCUUGGCAGGCAGAGAAGAGGCAAUGGAUCUGUUGCACCUUUAGAAAAGAGCCACAACCUUAUUGAGAUUGCAGCUGAUGCUCCCCUUCGUAAGACAGGGGGUUAUUUUGCAGCCCCAGCCCAACCAGAUCCUGAUGACCAGUUUAUUAUACCCCCUGAACUUGAGGAGGAAGUAAAAGAGAUCAUGAAACAACAUCAGGAACAGCAACAAUUGCAGCAACAGCAAUUACAACAGCAGCAAUUGCAGCAACACAGGCAGUAUCAAAUGGACCAGUUGCCAGACUACUAUGAUACACCACUAUGACCAUUUCAUUUCCUAAUUGAUUUAUAAUAAUAUAACUCAGUGAGCUUUUCCUGCUCUUCCAAUGACAUGUGAAUGGCAGAUUUUUAGGUACUUUUUAAGGCAUCUCCUAAUUUUACCUCUUUUCAUUCUGCUCUUCAUUCUUUUACAUGCUCACAAUACAUAAAUCUUACUUCUCUUCCUUAAAGGAAAAGAAGAAAAAAUCCUAAUCUUUAUUCUACAGAUGCUUUAACAAAAAACUAAUUUUAAUCAAUGUUUUCCAUAACGAUGUUUAAGGAAUUAAAGAAAAGUUUCAAAAUAAGGUUUUGAUGAAAAAAAAAAGUUUAAUAUAUUGCAGAGAAACAAAUACAGAUUUGUAAUAUUUUUUAAGAAAGAAUAGUUUUGUUUAUUUGGGAUAUAGAGCAGUAUGUCCACACUAAAUAACUGUAAUGCUCCUUUUGGAUGUAAAGUGGAUUCUUCUUGCGUAGAAAGGGGAUUUUGAAAGUACUAGACAUUUUGUAGAUCAAUAUGACUUAACUCUUAGGAGUUGCUUACUCUUUCCGGUGACUUAAAUCACGGAGUUUCACUAAUUUUCUCUGAGAGAACAGUUGAUUAGGAAAUAUGACUCUUUCACUGCAGGCAGAACCUGUCCGCUUGCACUUAAAGGGUUCAUGUAUAUAUAUAGCUCAUGUAAUGUAUAGUGUCUCAAUAAGAUUCAGUGGUGCUGCAGCUACCCAGUUAUACAUAUUGAGGGCAAUGCUCCCAGCUGAUCAAUCAUUGUCACUGGGUAAAAUAAUAUAUUUUGUAGUCUUGGAGAGAGGUGCAAGCAGAAAAAUCAAA